UCGGGCCGUCGUCUACUGGGCUUCGGCCCCGAGGCUGAUUCUCCCACCGCGACUAAACUUUUCUAAAUUUUGAAUUUGUGUCGUAAAGAACUUUUCUCUUUGGCAAUUUUUAAGCAGCUAUAAGCUGUGUGCCAAUUCCAACUACCAAAUCAUGGCCACUUCUUUCCACGUACGCCACCUACUAAAAUAGCACUUCCUCGGAGUGCUGUAUCUUUGCUGUUUGGAGGUAGAAAGACUCUUUCUGGGUGGGUGCUCGUCCUCUUCCUCUUGCUACUUCUUCUUCUUCCCUUUGUCCCCACGUUUCAGAAUUCCAUCCAUUAAGGUCGUCCGUGUUAUGUUAUCUUGGGCAAGCCGACGAGGACGUGAGAAAUAGGAGGGGUUCUGAAGAUUCUGAGAGCAAGGUAGCAGCUGCUCUCCAACCAUCGUUUCAGCUUGAAAGAAGAAGAAAACCAGCGUGGUGUCAGAACCGGUAUCGGCGGCGACGAUGCCGGCUGGGGGCACCAAGACGCGAUUCGGCCGGUGCCCCUACUGCCGCGCCAUGAUCUGCCAGAGCACCAGCGCCGCCAUCUACUACUGCACCAAAUGCCGCACUCCGAUCCGAGGCAAGAACACUGAACCGACGGACGACGAGACCUGCCGCGCUCUGAGCAGUCUGGAGAUCCUCUCGGCCGUCGACACCGAGUCGGUCUUCUCCGACGAGCUCGAGGAUUCCUCUACGCAGCCUUCGGUCAUCGACGUCGACGGAGACCAGCCUGCCUUCUCGAGCGGCUACAACUCCAACUCCGAUGCCAACAGCCAGGGGAUCACGGCUUCCUCGCCGUCACCGUACAGAGGCUUCGGCUCACCACGGGCCGGCACUCCUCGGAGCAAUAGCUGCUUCCCACGGGGCGUCGAAGAGGGCAGCGUCGUCUCUGAUGGACAAAACGAGGUUCGAGUUCGACCGGUGAACAGUCGCGUCGACGCGCUCCGGGCGUCGUCUCGGCGGACGAGGCGGGCGUCGAGCGCUUCCGACCCGAGCAUUCUUCGUCGGCGGGACUUCUCUGUCUCGGUUCCCGAGGAGGUGCCCACAAACUCGUCCUCCGAGCAGCAGCUCCGGCGGUCGGCGCUGAGCUCUAGGGAGCUCAGGACGUCCGCUAGCGUGUCCGCCGUCAGCGCGUCGCCGCUGACGGACCCGGCGUUCCAAAGGGACCUGCUACACGCGCUGGACAAGCUCCGAAGCAUGAUCGCCAACAUCGAGCUGCAGCCACGCUCGGCGAGCGGCGGGAGCGGGGCGGUGACGCGGCGGGACUCUCGUUUGUUCCGGCGGCUGGAGUCGCGGCUCGCGGAGGAGCUUCCCGCCGAUGACGCGGCAGCACGUGGCCCGCGCUGGAAUGAUUGCGCGAGCACGGGUUCUGCCUCGCGGUCGUCGGCGUCGUCGUCCAGCGGCCACGGCGAACGGCACGCGGGGAGGCCGCGGAAGAGGCGCCACUGCCUCCCGGUCCUGGGAGGCGCGCCGUUCGUGGUCUGCGGCGAGUGCUCCGAGCUUCUCCAGGCCCCCACGUCGGCGGUGCCGUCGAGGAGGAGGGGAAACAUCAGGCUGCGGUGCGGCGGGUGCGAGGAAGUGCUCGAGGUGGCGCUUCCCGCGGCUGCGGGUAUCGCUGGCCCCGCGCGCCAGACGAGCCGGGUGUCCGGCUCGGGUGUGCUGGAACGCGCGGCGAGCAGGAACGACGGUGCGCAGCAGGUGCCGUUGCUGCUGCACCGCGCGCUGGGGUACGACUCAAUGAGCCAGCUUCUCCAAAGCCGGCGGUACUGAAGUGUUCAGAGGUUUUGAUUUUUGAGUGUGUGCUCUUUUUCAGUGAUGCGGUGAAUUGUUUUCCUUUCAUGAACAGAUAUAUUUCCUUCGUUUCAAAAUAAAUGUAGCUGUUUUAAUACAAAAUUUAUAUUAAAUUAGUGUAAAUUUUUUUAUCACUUAUCUUAAGACAGAAGGAGUACAGUCGUUUGGAUCA